AGUUAGAGUUCGUGUUUUGGCUGGGACGGGUGAAAACGCCCAGUGCAACGGAUAGUGUGACGGUCUUAAUUAAGUAAAUGAAGUGCUAAAGCCUGAAAGGAUAAUUGGAGUGCCGUAAAAUCACUAAUGGCAAAACAAAAGACUGAAGCGAGCAACUCGAUACUUAAUAAUUGUUUGCUAAUUUUUACUAGAGAUUGAAAAUAAAUAAAUAAAUGGUGGUGAAAUGACUUAAUAUAUAGAAAAGUUAAAUAAAAAGUAUACAUUUUUAAAUAUUUCAAAAAUUUUAAAAUAUUUAAAAAAUAUAUUUACAGUUAAUUUGAUUGACAAAAAUGUGGUUGUGAAAUUCAAAACCUGAUUUCCCUUCUAUAAGAAUUGUGUCAAAACGAUUGAAUUACAGUAACCUUAAUUGGGUGCGCUGAAAAAAUCAAAUAAAAUACCGUUCAUCUUUGGUGAGCAAUAUAAAACGCGAAGUGAUAAAAUCAACGCUCCCAGCAAAUCGGCAAAUCGUCAAUUUGUGAUUAAAUAAGCGCCGAAAAAUCGUAAAAUCGUCAAUAGCACACUGCCACAUUGUUGAUGUGCAAAAAGUAACAACAACAAAUCGCUAUAAAAGCGUACAAAUACAUUGCUGACGAAACAGGGAAGUGCAAUUGAAACAAAAUUAAAGCGAACGUAACAAGUAAAAAAAAAAACAAAAAAAAAUAUUCAUUCAAACGAAUUAAAUUAGCAUUACAUAGAGCCUAAGCAUAAAGAGAAAACAACAACAAAAUAGAUUGCAUUUAACACACACACACACACAAACACACAUACGAAAUCUAAUCCCAGCGCAUACUAAAAAUUCCGCAAAAAUCCGCAAUGUAUGCGCUUUACGGUAAACGAAGAAAAAGUGCCAACAAGAUGCCAGCAACAGCAACAACAAGAACACAACAUUUGCGUCUAUUGCUCAUCAGCGCAUUUUGUGCAUUACUCUUGGUCGCUGCACCAGCGGCCAAUGCACAGGAAUUGCCGAGUAACGAUGCAAAUGUAGCUGCCACAACUGUGCCUAGUAAUGAAACUGCAAUUGUAACAGCAAUGCGCGAUGAGGCCAUCACAACACUGCCGGUAAUUGCUGCAGCGGAGUUGAAGUCUGGCGUGAAUGCAACGUCUUUACAUGGAGACGAAACUGACAUGAAGACGUCUACAGAUGCCGUGGAGCAGUCCACUGACGCUGUGUUGAUUGACGUGAGUUCAACGACUGCUGCCUCAUCAACUACUCCUGCUGUUGCAACAGCAACAACUACAACGUCAGCAGUAUUACGAGAUGAGGCACAAUUGUUAACAACGACGGAGGCCGCAGCGACGAUGACGUCAGCAGUUGCGGCAACAGAAGUGGGUGCGCAUGAGGAGAGCACUAAUGUGGUGCACAACAUGAAUGUUGUUGAUACUGCCGUCAGUUCGACAGGAGCAUCAUCAACAGAGGUACCACAUUCUGGUGCAGAAACGACAUUAUCGGCGCAGCAUGACGAUUCAGCUGCGCCAAGCACUGCGACCACCAACAAUAGUGCACCUGCGCCACCAUCUGGCUUGCCGGUGACCACAAUAGAACCUAUCGGCACAACCGAGCCAACAACCACGCCCACUUAUGAGUAUAGCAGCGAGCGGCAGGCAAAGGAGCAUAAAGAACAUGAUAGCGACAUUAAUGCGCAUCAAACAAUAACAACAACAACGACUAGCGCAACGCCUGAACGGAAUGAAGCAAUUAUAGUACCACAUGUAUUGGCCGAGCAUGCGCAUCAGAUUAUCGAAGAGGAGAAGGCUGAGCACAAUCACAAUCACACACACUUGACAAAAUAUGAUGCAGAACAUAUACAACAUAUACACGGACACCAUGGACACGAUAAUGCACACGAACACGAGCACGCACAUGAUUACGAGCACGUACAUAGUGAUGACGAAGAUCACACUUAUCAUGAUGUUGCGCAUGUUGAACAUACGACACAUGAUCACAUUGAUGAAGAGCACUCGACGGAGCAUGUGAUAUCCUCAACUUCGAAUGACAUUUUUGCCGAAAAUAAAGAACCCAAUCAACCGUUAGAUUUACAGCCUGUUGGCGUUACCAAGAUUAGAGUGGACGAACAUGACGCACACAGUGAAGAGAAGAUUAUACAAGCGCCCGCUGAAGUGUUGAUUAACCAGAUAUCACAUGAAUUCGAAGAGGACAAGGAUCUGAAUAAUUUCCGUCAUCCGGCAACUUUGAUCACCGCCAGCAAUAGCGAUGAAUCGAUGAUGGCCGCCAUGAUGGCUGCAGCAAUGCAGAAAGAAAACGAAAGUGAUAGCACAGCUACAGGUGCUGCUGGUGACGCAACUGCGACACAACACGAAGACGAUCCCUAUCAUGCGCAUAUACUCUCCGAGCAACACGAGCGCUUGUCGGAGCAGGAAGAUUUUAAAUUAAUCUCCGAAGACAUGAGUAGUUCGACAGAAGCGGCCGCAGCCGUUGCGAGCGAGAUGACAACCAAAUCAGCUGCAGAGAAUGUUGAGAAAAUGAUCAACACCGAAGAGAGUAAAACGAUUUUUGUGCCAACAAUGACUGAAUUGAACACGACAAAUGAGGAACGUGGACGCGCAAUGAAUAUUGUGCACGAAGAUGUUAAAGAAGAAGUGCCCACAACAACAACAACAAAAUCUAACGUCAAUGAAGAAUCAAUUGUGGUGCCGGUCGUUGAAGGACAGUCUCACGAUCAUAUUCAUACGCACGAUCAUAUGGCCGUACAAACAGCGCCAACAAAAAUAGCCAGCAACAAUAUGGAAAGCAACAACAGUGCUGAAAUGCAUAAUAACCAUGACGACUCACCAUCAACACCAUUCCCACAACAUUUCUUCUAUCAUGGCGAAGGCCGCUCUGUGGGCGAUAGCAUUUCGGCGGAGAACGACGAUGUACCAUUGAACUAUCAUUACCACAACUUUGUGACCACGGAACGCGAUAGCAACAACAACACCAACAAUAAUAGUGUUGCACAUAAGAGUGGUGCUUUGGUUGACUUGAGCGAUAUCAGUAUGGAUGAUGACGAUCAAAUGGAUAUGACGCACAACACCUACGAACAACAGCAACAAUACAAAGCAAAUCAGCCUAUGGCACACAACCCAAACAAUCAUAGCGCCAAUAAAGAGUUGCAACAACAACAAGAUGAACAUGAACAUCAGUUGAAGAUCACUGAGGUUACAUCAGCGAUAGUGGGCGCGGCCGCCAUGCAUCAAGACUGCACCGGCAGCGAUGACAGAAUGUACAAGAAUGGCGAAACAAUGAAUCGCGGCUGCGAUGAGCGUUGCACAUGCAAUCGCGGCGAAUGGAUUUGUGAACCCCGUUGCAUGGGUAAUACAUUCAAACUGGUUGGCGGUGCACCACAUAUGGAUGUGACUCACUGUCAGCAGGUGGCUGUGGAUGAAUGUUGUGCGACCAUGGAAUGCGGUCUAUUGCCCACAAUGGGUGCAUCAGAAUUGAAUGCUGAAGGUGGACUGAAUGCCUCCGCUCAAGCGCCACGACCCGAUUGCCACUACAAAGGCAGCGUGUACAAAUUCCGCGAGCGUCUCGAAAUCGGCUGCGAACAGAUCUGCCAUUGUGAAGAGGGCGGCGUAAUGAAUUGCAAAUCGCGUUGUCCGGAACGCAAUCACACGCGACUCGACAAGUGCGUGUACGUGAAGGAUCCAAAGGAUAUCUGUUGUCAAUUGGAGUUAUGCGAUGUCACGCUGGACGAUCACGAACAAACGGCCUCACCGCCGACAGCGCAAAAUUCGAUUGGCGACGAGCAAUAUGGUUCGGAGGAGGCGCGCGAUAUAUCCGGUGCCGGUGGUGGUGAAGAAGCAGCCGAUUGUGAAUAUAAGGGUCAACAUUAUCACGAUGGUCAGCAGUUCCAUGAUGGCUGUGAACAAUUAUGCAUUUGUACGCAAGAAGGUGUACAUUGCGCCAAGCUACAGUGUCCAUCUACAUUCGGUUUGGAUCUAAUGAAUCCGCAUUGUUUGCGUUGGGAACCGGAACCGGCAAAUUUUGAGGCAAAAGCGCCGAAUUGCUGUCCGGAAAAAAUGCGUUGCGUGGAUAAUGGCACGUGCAAUUACUUGGGUCACACCUUCGACAAUUGGUCGCCCAUACCAACUAAUCUGACUGGUUGUGAACAGCAUUGUUAUUGUGAGAACAGUAAGGUAGAAUGCCGUCCGGCCUGCCCGCCAGUGCUUGCUCGACCGCCACCCGAUUUGCCUUGCCAUCUAGCGCUGGCGCGCAUUUUACCCAUACCCGGCGAAGAAUGCUGCAAGCAUUGGGCCUGCGCGCCAUUGACGCCCAAACUGAGCGGUAGUAGUGCUAAUGGCGAUGAAGCAUCGUCCACAGUGGCAACGCCCAUGCAUGCCUUCAAUGGUGAAGGAAUUCACGACUUAAGCGCGUCAUCCACCGAAGAGCCGAAUAGUACUGGCAGUAUAACGACACAUGUCUCCAAUGACAAAAAUGAUAUAUAUCCAAGUAAAGCACAUGAGAAACCCUCCGGUCGACCCGGUGACGCAUUCUAUCCCACCAUCGAUGGUAAACCGCCGAAGAACGUUUCGCCUUAUGGUGAUUCACGUCCUGAGAAACAUGAUAAGCAUGAAAAGUUUGUCAAGAAACCAGUUAUUGUCAAACCGCAGCAAAAUGAGGUUAAAUACGAUGUGCACGAGCCGCAAGAUGAACACGACACCGUGCCACCCGGUUUCAUACCUAUACAUUUAGGCAGACCUGGCGGUAUUGGCAACGUCGUAAACUACAAUCCGCAGCCACCAACAGCCGGUCAAAAUGUUCCAUAUGGCUUUUACAAUCCAGCACAACCACCAAAAGAUCGCUUUGAUCCCUAUAAUUCCUACGAACCGUACGAUAUCAGCCCGAAUGGCAUCGCACAGGGUAAACCACCCGCACCAACUAGUCAAUCGGAUCUGUUUAAUAUUAUAGGUGCUGGACCACCAGCCGCACAUCCAUCGGGCAUUCUCGGUGCUGGAGGACCGUCUAGUUCACCGCCCGGUUUCAAAGGUGCACCAGCCAAUUUGUCGCCUCACGUGCGCAUCGAGCACAUUUUACAACACUUGCAGCACACGCCCGUACAGGGUGCCUAUAUAGCAAACUAUGGGCAUGGCAAUGAGAGUGGCGCCAAUGGUGGGUUGCCACAACAGCAACUAAUACACCACCAACAACCGGGCCAACCACCAAUGCAUCCACAAUAUGUGCCCAUUGUGCAUAGUGGCUUGCCACCGCCACCACCACCGCAUGGUAUUGCGAUUGUCGAUGGCCAACCCGUGGCUUAUGGAGGUUUUCCAGUAGUACCUGGCCUAGGACAGCCACCACAUAAUCCUCAUGCGCAUCCAGUGAAUGUGCCAAGCAACAGCAAUACUAAUAAUAAUAGCAAUUUACUGCAGCAUCAACAAACACCGGAACAAACGGCGAGUGGUUCUACCACUUUUGCGGCAACCACCAGCGCUGUGGGCUUAACCGCGCAAUCCACCGAACAUGGCGUGCUACCGGCAAUUGCUGCGACCGCAGUGCAUCCCAGUCAAAAAGGCUUCAACAAUCUGCAAAGCGGCAUUGAAGUUCUCAAUCUGGAAGCCAUUGAUCCACGUACCAUACGCAUAAUUUUCACCGUACCGCCCACUUAUGUCAAUCUGCACGGUCGCGUCGAGCUGCGUUACACAAAUGGUCCCGGCAAUGAUACUACUAAUUGGGAGCAACAAAUCUUUGCGCCCCCCGAAGAUCUGAUUGCUACUUCGCAAAUGGAAUUCGAUCUUCCCGGAUUGGAACCAAAUUCGUUGUACAAGAUUAAGAUUACACUUAUUUUACGCGAUUUGAACUCACAACCGACAAGUCCGAUUUUGACAGUGACCACACCUGCCGAUCGCAUAAUUACACCACCACCACAAAUCUCAGAUUAUCGUCCAGACUUCAAGGAUGUCUUCAAAAAUAUAGAAGAUCCAGAGUUGAAUGUGAGCGAGACCAACUCUACAUGGUUACAAUUAACAUGGAAGAAGAUCGCCGAUGAACAACUGGAAUAUAUUGAUGGUAUACAAUUGCGUUACAAAGAGCUGACCGGUCAGAUUUAUUUAUCCACACCGCUGGUGCAUCGCACACUCACCAGUUAUACAAUUGAGAAUUUACAACCGGAUACUGGUUAUGAAAUUGGCCUAUUUUAUAUACCAUUGGCGGGGCAUGGUGGUGAACUUUUGGCUGGUCAUAUGAUUAAAGUGCGUACCGCGCCUAAGGUUGAUGUCUACAACUUUGAUGUUAUGGUUAAUGUGACUAAGGUGAAGUCGCAGAGUGUGGAGGUCUCAUGGAAUGGUGUGCCAUAUCCGGAAGAUAAAUAUGUAAAUAUUUAUCGUGCUAUCUACCAGAGUGAUGCCGGCAAGGAAGAUUCGAGCGUUUUCAAGGUAGCCAAACGUGAUAGUACCACGGGUACACUGAUUAUGGACUUGAAACCUGGCACUAAAUAUCAUCUCUGGCUAGAGAUGUAUCUAACAAAUGGCAACAUUAAAAAGAGUAAUGUAGUGAACUUUAUGACAAAGCCAAGUGGACCUGCGACACCGGGAAAAACUGGAAAACUGCUCACAGCCAGUGCUGGCGGUGAUCAACCAGUCGGAGAUUACUAUGGACCGCUGGUAGUCGUCUCAGUAGUUGCUGCAUUAGCGAUUAUGUCGACAAUUGUACUGUUACUGAUUUUAACUAGGAGACGAGUACAUCAAACAGCGUCUAUAACGCCACCACGAAAGAGUGAUGCAGCCUAUGAUAAUCCUUCUUAUAAGGUGGAAAUACAGCAGGAGACAAUGAAUCUGUAGCAUUUCUAAGCUCAUAAGCUGCGUGCGAAGUUUCUGUCCAAAGGCCAGGCAGAAUAAAAAUUACGAAUCCUAGUUGUAUUAGAAAUUAGGAAUACGUUUUUCACAUUAUUAUUUUAUCAAGUUUUUUUUUAGUACACCUUUAUUUUAUACCUUUAUUUUUGUUUAAUUACUUGCAUUACUUUUGUAAAUAUUUUGUAUUCAAUGCAUAUUUUUUUGAUUACCUUUAUUAUAAUUACUUUUUGCCGUCAAUUAUAAUUGAAAUCAUUAUUUUUUUUUACCUGUAUGUGAAACUUAAGUGUGCGUUCUCUUUGAAUUUCGUAUGAAAGCAGUGCCAACAAAUAAGCAUAUUCAUGAAUAACAAUAAAUAGAAUUUUCGCUUUGGCAUGCAGUUAUCUAAUAGUUAGAAUUUUGUAAGAAGCAAUGGUAGCAAUACUUAAAAAUUGUAGUACUUUGUAAUACUUGUAUUACAAAAAAAAUACUUAUAUUCUAUAAAAGCCAUGAAAACAAAAUUAAUAUUUUCCUUUUAUUAUUUAAGUGUAAGGCUUUAUUCCGUUUUUUGUUUUUAAUAUUUCAUACUAAUUAUUUUUUGUAUAAUUUUUUUGUUUUUUUGCUUAACAGCAGUGCUUGCUAUUAUCUCGUAACGUAUUUAAAAAUAUUUUUGUAUGUAAAUAGAAAGUAAAAUAAAAGAAAACAGCUCAAACACCAAGCAAAACGUUUCUAAUGUAAUUUGUGGUAAUUAUUUAAUUAAAUUAUUUUCUUAAUUUUGAAUUUUUUUAUAAAAAGAAAUAAAAAUGCCUAAAAUAAACCCUUUUUGAAAUACCAAAAAAAAAAUUACAAAACAGAAAUUGAAAAAUAUUUAAUUAACGUUUUUCAUUUAUUGAAAAUUGAUUUGUGAAAAUUUAUAUAAGUGAUACCUUAUUUACAAUUUCUCUUCUUAUACGACAUUAAAAUGUUUAUUAGGUGUUUACAGUGCUUGCAUAUAUUAUAUUAAAAGAAAAAACUACAUUUAAAAUGUUCCAAAAUUUCAUAUUAAAUUAUAAACGUUUUGCAAUAAGGUAUUAAUUUCUUUCAAAAAAAAAAUUGAUAUAUAUUUAUUAGAAAUAAAAUAUAUUACUUUGUUCUUUAUUUCUGUAUACUUAUAUGAAAGAUUUUCAAAAUGGCGUUAUAAACUUUAGCUUUACUCAUGCAUACCUAGUAAUUAUCGAAAAGUAUUUAAGUAUAAUAUUAAUUGUGAAAUUACUUAUAAAAAUAAAAUAUACAUAUAAACAUAUAAACGAAUGCAUAUUGCUAGUUUUUUUUAGCCGAAAAUUGUAUGAGCCAUUCGCAUAAUCCAGUUGCAAUAGCCAAUGACAAUCCCCGCAAAAAACAUUCAGAAGCGCUAAGUAAAUUAUAAAAAUAACAUUAUUUGCAAUAAAACAAUUUUUAGUGAGAGAAAAAACUGCUGAAAAUUUUAUAGAUUUAAUAUGUUAGCAUAUAAAUACUCAUAACUAAAUAAUUGCUUGUAUGUACAGAUGUAUGCAAAGAAAUGUUAAAAUAUAUUGAAAACGCACAAUUUGUGUAGAGACAUGUUGGUCAUGCGUAAGAGAGCGAAGUUUAUAAUAUAGAUUUAAGUUUAUAUUGAGAUAUGUAAAGCCUGUAAUAAGCGAUAUAUACUUUAUGAAAUAAAUAAAGUCGAUAAAUUACAUACACAGAUAUACAAUGAA